AUGAGAAAGACCAAAAACACAUCACUGGACACCAGGGUGACAGACUUCAUUCUCCUGGGCUUGUCUCACCCCCCAAACCUGAGAACCCUCCUCUUCCUGGUCUUCUGCACCAUCUACGUCCUGACUCAGCUGGGGAACCUGCUCAUCCUGCUCACCGUGUGGGCUGAGCCCAAGCUCCACGCACGCCCCAUGUACCUUCUGCUGGGGGUGCUGUCCCUCCUGGACAUGUGGCUCUCCUCCGUCAUCGUCCCUCGGCUUAUUCUAAACUUCACUGCUGCCAGCAAGGCUGUCCCAUUUGGUGGCUGUGUGGCUCAGCUGUACUUCUUUCACUUCCUGGGCAGCACCCAGUGCUUCCUCUACACCUUGAUGGCCUAUGACAGGUACCUGGCCAUAUGCCAGCCCCUGCGCUACCCUGUACUCAUGAACAGGAGGUUAUGCAGCAUCCUUGUGGCUGGAGCUUGGCUGGCUGGCUCCAUCCAUGGAUCUAUCCAGGCCACACUGACCUUCCGCCUGCCCUACUGUGGACCCAAUCAGAUAGACUAUUUCAUUUGUGACAUCCCUGCGGUGUUGAGACUGGCCUGUGCUGACACGAGUGUCAACGAGCUGGUGACUUUUGUGGACAUUGGGGUAGUGGCUGCCAGUUGCUUCAUGUUAAUUCUGCUCUCCUAUGCCAACAUCAUCCGUGCCAUCCUGAAGAUACGCACUGCUGAUGGGAGGCGCCGGGCCUUCUCCACCUGCGGCUCCCACCUAACCGUGGUCACCGUCUACUAUGUCCCCUGUAUCUUCAUCUACCUCAGGGCUGGCUCCAAGAGCCCCCUGGACGGGGCAGUGGCUGUGUUUUACACCGUUGUCACUCCCUUACUGAACCCCCUCAUCUACACACUGAGGAACCAGGACGUGAAGUCUGCUCUGAGGAGGAUGAUGGUAGGUCGAGGGGUUGUGAACGAGAAGAAGUAG